AUGAUUGCAAGAUGCUCCAGUUGGAUAGGCCUACAGAGAAGAGUUGCUCUUCUGCUUAAGUUUGCUGAUAUGAUCAGGAAAGAGGACAGGCCAAAGCUUGACAUGGAUAGAGCAGCUAAGUCCAUUGUCAUGUAUACUCAAAGAGGCUUCUAUGCAGAAGAAAUUGCUGACCUCAAGAGUAAUGGAAAAGUCAAGCAAUCAAGCCAGCUGCGUUUGCUGAAUCCAGUUUUCGUGGACGGAGUUCUACGUGUUGGUGGGCGACUGUCAAGCGCCCCUACCUCAUUCGAUGCUAGAUAUCCGAUGAUCAUUCCCGGAGGCACUCAUCUAUCGUCGGUGUUGAUUCAUCAUUGUCAUCAGACGACGGCACAUGCUGGACAGGAGCAUGUACUUGCAGGGUUGAGGGAGAAGUUUUGGAUACAUCGACCUAGAAUUUCUGUCAAGAAGAUAAUACGUUUAUGCAUUGGCUGUAGACGACGCUUGGCGAGCAGACUGACCCAGAAGAUGGCGGACCUCCCGGCAAUGAGAUUGGUUGCUUACGAACCGCCUUUCUCCCGUACUGGGCUAGAUUACUUUGGCCCCCUGAUUGUCAAGCGAGGUCGCUCAGAGCUGAAACGAUGGGGAGGGAUUUUUACUUGUCUUAAUGUAAGAGCAGUCCACCUUGAAGUUGUCGAGUCACUCGAUGCCAGUUCUUUCAUCAACGCCUUGAGAAGAUUUCUCGGAAGACGUGGGGAUCCCAAGGACAUCUGGUCCGACAACUGGACCAAUUUCACGGGUGGUGAAAGGGAACUGAGGGAAGCCCUGCAGCAUUGGAAUGCACAGAACGUUGAUGAUGAGCUUACUCAGAGAGGAAUAAACUGGCAUUUCCAACCGCCAGCAGUAUCCCACAUGUCUGGAGUCUGGGAGCGGCUUGUCAAGUCGGUUAAGCUCGCCUUGAAGGCUCUACUCGGACAGGCAUUGGUGAGCGAUGAAGUCCGCACAACAACCUUUGUUGAGGUUGAACGAGUCCUUAAUAGGCGACCUCUGUGUAAAGCGAGCGACGACCCGAAAGAUGAUGAAGUUCUGACACCAAGUCAUUUCUUGCUGCAGAAGCCGUGCACAACGCUACCGCCAGGCCUCUUUGUUAAGGAAGACGCAUAUCAUCGGAAGCGCUGGAAGCACUGUCAACUGCUUGCCCAGCACUUGUGGAAGCGCUGGUUAAAGGAGUACUUGCCCGCAUUACAGGAGCGAUCGAAAUGGCACCAGGAAAUGAGGAACGUGUCGGAAGGAGAUCUCGUUAUGAUCGCUGAUGAUGACACCCCCAGGGGUCAGUGGCCAUUGGCCAGGGUGUCUCGAACAUAA